CAGGCUCCCGUCGCCAUUUAGCGCGGAGACGUCCCCGGGGCGGCCGCGGCGGUUCUCGCUCCCUUCUCCCCGCCGUGGCGCGGGGCGCCACCCGGACUCAGCUCACCUGUGGCGGUGGCGGGCGGCCCCCGGUGAGGAGAAGCUGCGAGCCGCGGGCGGGGGGCAGGAGGAGGGUUUCCGGCUCCGUCUGAGGCUGUUGGAGGGAGCGCGGCGCGGCCGCGCGCGGGCGGUGGCUGCCUGCCGGGAGGUGGAGGCCGCGGCCGCCAUGGGCGUCCCGGUGAGGCGGGGCUGAGCCCCCGGGUCCCCUUCCCCUGCCCCCUCGCCGUGGUGAGGGCGCUGGGCCUGCCCAGGCCUCCCCCCGCCCGGCGCGAGUGACUGAGCGCGGCAGCUUCCUCCGCGGCCGGCGUGCGGGGCCUGCCUCCCCUCUCUCUACCUCGCUUCCCGGCCCUUUCCCCUCCCCGCAGGCCCUCGCUCCGGGGGGCACCCGGCCCUGCCCCGCUUUCUUCUCCUUUGCUAGGGAAUAAUUGUAACGCGGUCUCCUCUCCUUAAAGCAGCCGGGUGAGGUACCGGCUUCUCGCCGGUCGGGGGCCUGCCUCGGGGAGCCUCCCUCUUCACCCGGGCCCGGUGCUUGAGGCUUUUCCUCUUCUUGCCGCCCCCAUCCCCGCGCCCCGUUUCCGCUCCUGGUGCUCCAUGUCGGCCCCGCUGCCCGGCUCCUCGCUGCAGGAUGGAUGCAGACACUGACCGGGGAUCCACCCCGCCGGCCCAGCCUCCCCAGCAGCCGCCUCCCAGCUCCGCCGUAAGGAGCCCUUGGGACCCUCCUCUGUUGCAGCUGCAACGGCAGCCGCGAACGGGCGCGCUCCGUGCUCAGUGACCGGCCCCUUCCCUCGCCUCCUCCCCGCUGCCGCCGCCGCCGCCUCUCCCUCGCAGCGCUCUCCCGGGGCAUAAUGUCUGGGGGCGCCGCAGACAGCGGCACCCCGGCCCCUCGCUUCCUGGUUCCCCCGCCGCCGCCGCCCAAGAACGGCUCCAGCUCGGACAGCUCCAUCGGGGAGAAACUGGGAGCCGCCGCCGACCACGGAGCCUGCGGGGCUGGUGGAGCAGGCGGUGGAGCAGGGAGCGGAGGUCGUAGUGAGGAGUACCGGCGCCGUCGCCACACGAUGGACAAGGACACCCGAGGGGCGGCAGCCACCGAGCACCGCUUCUUCCGCCGUAGCGUGAUAUGCGACUCCAAUGCUACAGCCUUGGAGCUGCCCAGUUUGCAGCCCGCAGCAGCUUCGGCACCUGUCUCGGGAGGCAGCGCCGCUCCCUUGGUCUCUCCCCCGGAGUUUGCCAGCCGGACCUCUUGCAUCGCUGUCAGUGCAGCCCAGGCUCCCUUGCUGCUGCAGCAACCACCACCACCUGCCCCACUUCCCCUCGAAGGACAGUCUGCUCAGGAGCCCCCAGCCAUCAAGGAUGCUGCACCGCUGCUGCCCAAGGAGGAGGAAGAUGAGGCAACCACGCUACCUCCCACGAGUGCCGCUGGCAGCGCAUCGGCUGCCAGUCGGGAAUUUGAGGAGAGGAGAACACAGCAGGAAGACAUCGAAGACCUUGAGACCAAGGCAGUGGGCAUCUCACCUGAUGGCCGCUUCCUCAAGUUUGACAUCGAGAUCGGAAGAGGCUCUUUCAAAACUGUGUAUAAAGGACUGGAUACGGAUACCACUGUGGAAGUCGCCUGGUGCGAGCUGCAGGAUCGAAAGCUGUCCAAGUCAGAGCGACAAAGAUUUAAAGAGGAAGCUGGAAUGCUGAAAGGACUUCAGCAUCCCAAUAUUGUCAGGUUCUAUGAUUCCUGGGAGUCUACGGUCAAAGGAAAAAAGUGUAUUGUUCUUGUGACGGAACUCAUGACAUCUGGAACAUUGAAAACGUAUUUGAAAAGGUUUAAAGUGAUGAAAAUUAAAGUCUUACGAAGCUGGUGCCGUCAGAUAUUGAAAGGCUUACAAUUUCUACAUACGCGCACUCCUCCCAUUAUUCAUAGAGACUUAAAGUGUGACAACAUCUUCAUUACUGGCCCCACUGGAUCAGUCAAGAUUGGAGACCUUGGUCUGGCAACACUCAAACGAGCUUCUUUUGCCAAAAGUGUGAUAGGUACCCCAGAGUUCAUGGCCCCCGAGAUGUAUGAGGAGAAAUAUGAUGAAUCCGUUGAUGUGUAUGCUUUUGGGAUGUGUAUGCUAGAGAUGGCCACGUCUGAGUAUCCUUACUCCGAGUGCCAAAAUGCUGCGCAGAUCUACCGUCGAGUGACCAGUGGUGUCAAGCCAGCCAGCUUUGAUAAAGUAGCAAUCCCUGAAGUGAAGGAGAUAAUUGAAGGAUGCAUUCGGCAAAACAAAGGUGAAAGAUAUGCUAUUAAGGACCUUUUGAAUCAUGCUUUCUUCCAAGAAGAGACUGGAGUACGGGUAGAACUAGCAGAGGAAGAUGAUGGAGAAAAAAUUGCCAUUAAACUAUGGCUGCGAAUCGAAGACAUCAAAAAACUCAAGGGCAAAUAUAAAGAUAACGAGGCAAUAGAGUUUUCCUUUGACUUGGAGAGAGAUGUCCCAGAGGAUGUAGCACAGGAAAUGGUGGAAUCUGGCUAUGUCUGUGAAGGGGAUCACAAGACAAUGGCGAAAGCUAUCAAGGACAGGGUGUCUUUGAUUAAGCGAAAGCGAGAGCAGCGUCAGUUGGUGCGAGAAGAACAGGAGAAGAAACUUGAGGAAGAAGGUAGUCAGAAGCAGCAGCUGGAGCAACAGCAACCAUCAAGUGCUUCCCAUGCAGGGUCAAAGCAUACCCUAUCUGUCACUGGUACUGCUCCUGUCUCCACUACUUCAGCAUCAGUUUCUACGCAAGUGGAGCCUGAAGAACCAGAAGCUGAUCAACACCAACAACUGCAAUUCCAGCAACCCAGUAUAUCUGUUCUUUCUGAUGGGACAGUUGACAGUGGCCAGGGAUCAUCUGUUUAUACUGAAUCCUGUGUGAGCAGUCAACAGACUGUGUCGUAUGGCUCCCAGCAUGACCAGUCAAUCUCAACAGCUGCAGUUCAAGGAUAUGCAGCUUCAGUUGGCCAAGUGCAGUCACAACAACAUGGAGGCUAUCAGCCAUCUGGAGCGCCUCAGCAUCCGCGUGGGGGAACACCAACGUUCCCAGAUUCCCAGAUAUUUUUCCCAACCGUUCAUGAACGGCCGGUGUCUUUCUCACCACCACCUGUCUGCCCGCCGAAGGUGGCAGUCGCUCAGCGGCGCAAGAGCACUUCAUUUUUGGAAGCCCAAACUUGCCACUUCCAGCCAUUGCUGAAGACUGGCCAGAGUUUAGUUCCACCUGGUGGUAGUCCCACCAACUGGACACCAGAGGCAUUCGUUAUGCUGGGCACAGCAGCUCAGAGAGUCGCUGGAGAGCCUCUGCAUGUGCAAGUUAAUCCUGUAUUUGAGCCAGCUCCUGUCCACAGUGACUAUAGAUCUGGACCAACACCUCCAGAGGAUGCUCACUACACAAUGCAUCCAGAAGCCGUAUAUUUGGUGGGCAUGCACUAUCCAUCACAGACACAGGUGCAAGGCCAGUCAGCCUCAAGCAGUGCAUCGGUGCCAUCGCAGCCUACCCAACACACUCAGCAGCAGCCAGGCUCUUCCCAACAGCCUGGACAAUACCAGCUGCAGCAACCAUCAGUUUCUGCUGGUGCCACUCCCUCACAAACUGUGUCUCAAACUCAAACUUCGCAGAUUAUGCCGCAGUCAGCAGCUGGGACGCAGCUUCCUGUUUCCCAACCAGUGUCGAUCAUCCAAGGCGAGCCUCAAUUACCUGUUGCAGCACCUUCUCUCCCUCAGCCUUCAGUUGCCCCGUCAGUCCCCAUUGGCUCUCAUUUUCUUCCUUUGGGACAGCCCUUACCAGCUUCCAUGGUUCCCCAGUUCUCGGUGUCUCAGUUGCCUGUAGCAGCUCCUCAUGUGUCAGUGGCUCAGCCCGGCUUCCAGUCGCUGCCCAUUUCAAUGGCAGCUGGCGUGAAUCAGCCACUGCUCACGCUGGCGACAUCUGCGGCGGCAACCACUGUCCCUGUAGGAUCAUCUGUUGCCCCUAGCCAGCUUCCCACACUGAUGCAGCCUGUGGCUCAGCUGCCCAGCCAGGUUCUCCCGCAGCUCCUGCAGCCUGCUGUCCAGUCCGUGGGGUUGCCAGUCAGCAUUGGACAAGCUGCUGAAGCUUCGCUUUCUGCUGGAGAUGCCCUUUACCAGGGCUUCCCAUCUCGACUGCCAUCUCAAUACCCAGGCGACUCGAGUGUUGCACCUCCCUCUUCUGUGGCCUCUGUUAGCAUUCCGUCUGCCGUACUGUCCCCUCCCUUACCCGCGGAUGCUAUGGCUCAGCCGGGCUAUCUUGCUCCUGUUGUGCAGCCCUAUGUGGAGCAGAAUGUUUUAGUUCCCAUGAGCAGCCUAGGAGGACAGGUUCAAGUGCCCCAGCCUACAGUGAGUUUAGCCCAACAGUCUUCAUCUGCCUCCUCGCAGCAGGCAGUUUUGGAGCAAAAUGUCAUGCCAAUAUGGGGUCCUUGUUGCCACUGGCUAUUCUGUUGGGAAGGUACUCAGGGAGUCUCACAGACUGCUCCUUCAGAGACUCUUCCAGCAACACAGCCUGCUCAGUCUACCCCUUUGGCUUCCUCUAUGGAUAGCGCACAUUCUGAUGUUGCUUCAGGAUUGAGUGAUGGCAAUGAGAAUGUUCCAGCUUCUAGUGGAAGGCAUGAAGGGAGGACAACUAAACGUCACAUGCGGAGGUCUGUCCGAAGUCGUUCUCGCCAUGAGAAGACUGCCAGGCCAAAACUGAGAAUUCUGAAUGUUUCAAAUAAAGGCGAUCGGGUAGUGGAAUGUCAGCUGGAGACACACAAUCGGAAAAUGGUUACGUUCAAGUUUGAUUUGGAUGGUGACAACCCCGAGGAAAUAGCUUCAAUUAUGGUGCAGAAUGAGUUUAUUUUAGCAACUGAGAGAGAGUCAUUCGUAGAUCAGGUACGAGAGAUUAUUGAGAAAGCAGAUGAAAUGCUAAGUGAGGAUGUAAGUGUGGAGCCAGAAGGCGAUCAGGGCUUGGAGAGUAUGCAGACAAAAGAUGAUGGCUUCUUUCCAGGGUCACAGAAAUUAGAGUUCAAACAGCCAGAUCCUACAUCUUCCAUGCCACAAAGAAUAGGGGUUCCUCCUAGCUCCUUUACCCAGGUUGUCCAUUCUGCAGGAAGACGGUUUAUUGUCAGCCCUGUCCCUGAGAGUCGGUUAAAAGAACAGGGCUUUUUCACAUCUGCUGUUCCUGGAGGAAAAGAAGCUCCGGAUAUGGUUGCUGCAUCUCCCCUACAUGGUCCUGGAAUGAAUCUCUCCCACUCUGCAUCAUCACUGAGCUUGCAGCAAGCUUUCUCUGAGAUGGGGCAUGCUCAAAUGACAGAAGGACCUAGUACAGCUCCUCCCAUGUUCAAUCAAACAAUACCACCAUUUCCACCUGCACUUUCUACUGUGGCGGGCAGCAGUGCACCUCCUGCGUCUGUGGCUGCGUCUUCAAUAUCUGUUCCCUCCAGCACAGGUGUUUCUGUUCCAGGACCUGUAACUUUGCCUUCAGAAAGUGCAGCUAUUGGAGCUGCACCAAGCGCAAGUGUGCCAAGCUCUAUUUCUCCACCUCCAGCCUCACAAUCUGGACAGCAAUUGACUGGUGUCGCUUCCAGUGUGAGCGCUCCUGCUUCUUUCUCCUUAUCUGCGACAUCCCAGCCUGCUCAACCAGUAACUGGAGAUACUGCCCCGAGUAUCAGCACACCAUCGUCUUUGGCACUGCCAUCUACACAGGUUCCUGGUGUCACUGGUCUUGGUGUCGUUGCACCAGCUGUGACAUCUCAGUCUACUUCUCAGAUCGUUAGUAGUAUGGCAGGACCACAGACAUCCGUUGCCCCGUCUCUGGCUCCGAAUGUGGCUUUACAGCUUCCUCAGCUUAGUAGCAGUGGCACUGUCUCCAGUUUGGCAGAAACAACAGUUGUAAGCGCGUCACGGUCACUGCCUGAGAGUGGGCAGUCUAUGGAUAAACCACAGCCCUGCAGUGCCACUGGCUUAUCUCUUCCAAUCUCUGCACCUUUGUCAUCCUCAAUAGCAACAAGCAUAUGUGCUUCAGUCACUCAGCCAGUGAUACAUCCCUUACUUGUCCCAUCAGGAAUUACAUCAACACCCGUCCUACCCCAGAUUCCAGGUGCAACACCCAUGUUGCCCCAGGUUCCUUUGCCUGGUGUCUUACCACAACCAGUCACUAACUUGCCUGCAGUGCAGCAAACUUUGAUACACAGCCAGCCUCAACCAGCUCCAUUACCCAAUCAGCCUCAUAUUCACUGUCUGGAGGCUGAUGCUGACGCUCAGGCGAAGGCUCCUGGUAUUGAUGAUAUAAAGACCCUGGAAGAAAAGCUACGAUCUCUCUUCAGUGAACAUGGUAAUAUAGGAACAGCACAUCCGUCAGUAUCUCUGGAGACGUCAUUGGUAAUGGAAACUACAGUUACUCCUGGCAUACCAACAACUGUUGUUGCACCAACGAAACCCCUGACAUCUAUUAGCACUUGUAUACCUCCAAGCAGUUUGCCUCUUGGACCAACUGGCUUGCCAGUUUUGACACCAGUUGCUACUCCGGGGCAAGUGAUCACCCCAGUCAGCUAUAUUUCGGCGUCAAGCAGCAUUGCAACAGCAGUAGUGAAACCAGGGACCUCACCUUCAAAGCCCCCUCUUAGCAGAGUACCGGUGCUACCUGUAGGUUCUGAACUUCCGGCUGUCACUCCAUCCAGUGAGCCUCUGCCACCUUUGCCAGGACCUUCACUAACUCAGUCCCAACAGCCCCUGGAAGAUCUGGAUGCAAAGCUGAGGAGAACCCUUAGUCCAGAGACUGUUCCAGUGACAUCUGCUCCUGCCUGUUCUGUGCCCUCUGUAGCAUCUACAACGGUUACUGGGAUGGUGUCCACAACAACACAGUCUCUGAAGGAUGCUUCAGCAUCAUCUGUCGGAGAGAGCUGUGCUACGGCUACCACAGCAGGAGCUGGUGUUCUGAAGAUGGGACGGUUUCAGGUAUCCGUGGCAGUGGACGAUGUGUUAAAAGAGGGUGACAAACGGGAAACUAAGCCGGUGCAAUUUGAAACCACCUCCACUGAUUCUUCAUCCCUGUCUGGCAGUAGCCCAGAGAGUACACUGGUAAAGCAGGCUGGCAGUCGGAAAAGUGAGGCUGUCACUGACUCUUCCUUGGAUGUGGUAGAUGGCAUUCCUCGGGCAGUUCCUGUGCUGCAGUUACCAGUGGAUGUCGGUCAGCCUACUAAGGUCGGGCGCUUUCAGGUCACAACAACAAUGGAUCAAGUUGGACGCUUCUCAGUGUCAAAGACUCAGGAUGAGGUCAGCUGUGCCGAGAAAGAGCCAAUGACUCUUCCUCGCUCUGUGGGCCUGGAACAAGUUGCUGCUUCAGCCACAGCUCCGAAGAAAGAGUUGGAGUCAAGGCAGUCCCCACACAUGAAUGGUCCAUCCUCUGAACCGGAGGCUGCCUUCUUAAGUGGGAUGGCUAAGGAUUUGGAUGAUGGUUCAGGGAGCCCAGACUCCCUCCAGCUCCUGGGGUCGAAGAUCAGUCUCCCUGUUCAGAGCCCUAGCAACUCAUUCAACUCUUCCUACAUGAGCAGCGACAAUGAGUCGGAUAUCGAAGACGAAGACUUGAAAUUGGAACUCCGUCAGUUACGGGAGAAGCACCUUAAAGAGAUCCAAGAGCUGCAGAGUCGCCAGAAGCAGGAGAUUGAGUCACUCUACAUGAAACUGGGGAAGGCCCCACCUGCAGUCAUCAUUCCCCCAGCUGCACCCCUCUCAGGAAGGAGGAGACGACCUACUAAAGGAAAAAGCAACAAAUCCAGUCGUAGCAGCUCCCAGGGCAAUAAAAGCCCUCAGCUAUCAGGCAAUCUGUCAGCUCAAAGUGCACCAUCAGUCUUGCCCCCACAGCAGACUCUUCAUCCUCCUGGUAGUGUGCCAGAGACUGGGCAGAACCAUUUGUUACAGCCCCUCAAACCUUCACCUUCUAGCGAAAAUCUCUACUCUGCCUUUACCAGUGAUGGUGCCCUUUCGGUACCGAGCCUUUCGGCACCAGGCCAAGGGACCAGCAGCACUAACACUGUCGGGGCGGCCGUGAACAGCCAAGCACCCCAGCCUCAGCCUGCUGCCAUUGCCUCAAGCCGGAAAGGGACUUUCACCGAUGACCUGCACAAGCUGGUAGAUAACUGGGCCCGAGAUGCCAUGAACCUAUCUGGCAAGAAAGUUGGCAAAGGGCAUAGCAACUAUGAGGGCCCUGGAAUGGCAAGGAAGUUCUCGGCGCCAGGUCAGCUCUGUAUCUCUAUGACAUCUUCCCUGGGUGCUACACCCAUCUCUGCAGCAUCAGCUACCUCUUUAGGUCCCUUCACCAAGGCCAUGUGCCCCCCGCAGCAGUACGGUUACCCCGCGGCGUCUUUCGCCGCACCGUGGAGCGGGACGGGGGGUCCGGCGCAGCCUCCGCUUGGCCAGUUCCAGCCCGUAGGUGCCACGUCUUUGCAAAGCUUCAACAUCAGCAACUUGCAAAAAUCCAUCAGCAACCCCCCGGGCUCCAAUCUGCGGACCACUUAGCCGUGCUCGGCGGCCGUGCUGGCUACACCUCGGGACAGGACGUGGGGAGGGAGACGGGGCCCUGUAUCAACUACUAGUGCUGCAAUGAACUGGUAGCUUGCCAGACUGGGAAUGAUUUUUCUCUAUUCUGACCGUUGCUGUCAACUCCCUGCGAAGGGAGUUUACCCACACGCUUUCAAGGGGGAGUAGGAUGAUCAGCAUCCUUAGGAUGGGAUAGUGCUUCUGACCGAAGGGUUCCGCUCUUGUGUGGGACGAGAGCUGUGGAGAAGUCACGGGGUCAGUUAACGCGGUCUCGCUGUAACGUUUCUCUCGGGUUUGAGGCUGAAGCCGCACGCUGUUGAGGUGGGAGAGCCGAAUCCUAGCAUGAGGCUUUAGCACGCUUCUCAUCUCUUCCCUGAAGAACCAAGACCAGGAGAAAAGCUGUCCAAAAUUCCCUUCCUCUCCCCUCUCCCCAGUCAAUCGUAUCUGGCUCCGAAACGGUGGGGCACCCAAAUGGACUUGCAGUGCAGCCCGUGCUUGAUAGGUCAUUACUGCUUUAAGUAAGAUAUUAACAGCUUUGACUGCAGCAUUAGAGCAAUUUAAAUUGUUUUAAAAAAAAAUUUAAAAGUUCCCUGCGGACAUGUACUUACCAUCAGUUUUGAUGUGGAAACACUGUGAUAUAUAAAUGUUGUUGGACAACAGUAGUUUAAAAAAAAAAUGAGUGGAAUAUAGAGGGUUAAAAAGUUAAGAAGAAAACAAAAACCGGGAAAAAAAGCUAGCUAUAUCCUUAUACUUAUUGGAGACACUUUAACUUUUUUUCUUUGUAUUUUCAUUGUAUUAGAUAAAUAAAUGUGAAUGUAAAAUUGUAUAAAUUAAUGUACUUGAAUACUUGUCUGUUCUCCCAGUAUGCUUGCUGGAUAUUUUAGUGCCUUGGACUUCUCUCGCUUCUGCAGUCAGCAUCGUCUUCCCAGCAGAGCCCCGGGCAGAGAGAGAGGAGAGGGUGAGUUCAGAGGAGGACGAGUUGUAUAUGGUACCCGGUGGCAGGGCCGUGGGGCUUUCUUUAGUGACCCUGUUGCUGUUCAGAGGAGGUGUGUGGAGGGAGAAGUCGCUGAGGCGGCAGGUUGGAACCUUCCGUUCCGUGCGUGGGGGAACUCGUCCAGGCAGGCGGAUCCCAAGUUGUUGGUGUGACAGGGGCCAGGUGAGGGCGGGACAGAGGGUUGGGGGUGCAGCUGAACCGAGACUCACCCGUGUUGGCUGCGGAGGCAGGAGGUCGGGAUCGGAAGCAGAGAGAGGAGGGGGAGAACGUGUGUCUUUGGGAAGGGCCCAGCUUAAGAUGCAGUUUGACUCCACCUGCAAAGUGAUGAAGAUGUUUGGGCAGGAUGUGACUUGAGGGAGAGGUGCCAUUGCUCGCUGGCAUGGGGUUGGCUGCUGGGAUUGCUUUUCUUACCUUUUGUUUUUGUUUGUUUUUGGUAAAAUCCGUUGAAGCCGGGACUAGACUGUCCUGGUGCAACGUCCAUUGCCGGCAAUGGAUGUACUUGAAUCAGCCGGCAUCAAAACAUUUCCUCUGUCUGUCUUGGGAGGAUUUACCAUUUUGUUCUCUCUGAUCAAUUUCAAGCUGGUACCAGGGCUGUAACUGUCGGUCACCUCUUAGUAACCGUACUGUACCUUCUGCUUUGGUCAUUCUCCCUCUGCAUAGGUAAAAAAUAAAUACUGGUUUCCUCUUCAAAGUUAAAAAUAAUACCAGCCAGUAUUUGUGGCGUGCUGCAGAAAGCUGUGAGGGCUGAGCACCGCGUGUGCCGGUACUGGGGAGCAGCCCACCGGGAGCUGCCGCCUCAUGGACAUGUUCCUUGCCAGAAUGGUUUGGUUCUAGGAGCGCUGCUCCCCCGUGGAGCCUUAGCAGGGAGCUGUUCUGUCUGCGCACGUUCUCGCUCCUUUAUAUUUACAAACAAACGUGCAACAUCUGUUCCUUUCCUGUCACUUUAGGGUUUCUGCAGCAGUUUUGGCAGCCAGGGCAGGUGCAGGCCAGGGCCGAAGGCCUGAGGGUGAAAGCUGACAGUGAGGGCCCAGGUCCCUAGUGCUGGGGGUUUGGUCUUUGUAACCGCAGUGCAGCCGAGAGCUACAGAAUGAGAGCAGCGGCGUGUGCGGGGAGGCACAGGGACCCGGGGGCUGGAGUGACACUGGGAACCUCACCUAAGCUCAGCCGCGUUGUGCCAGGCCGGCUUCUCGGCCACAAAGACGCUCCCCGAGCACAGGGUGAGCUCGGGGAGGGGAAAGGCGAGGCACGCUCUGGGAGGGGCUAUGGCUGUCUUGGAACAAGGGGAGUAUUCAAGACAGGGGAACCAAUCAGCUGGAUGCAGCACGUGGUUAUUUAAUUUUGAUCUAAAGUUUUGAGGUAGUCUUUUCUCUUACUGUUAUGCAAGAACUGUUUGGUUUUUUUUUCCCCCCCUCUCCCCCCCACCCCCCUCCUGUGGAUGAAUAACUGAAGUCUAGAGGAAUAAACUAAUGCUACUGAACUGUUAAAUUAUUUUGUUUAAUAUUACACUUUGAGUAUCUUUUUUCCACAUAAAAUCUGUUUCUGAAUUACAAGCGUUUUUCUUUACAUUAUUUAACAAUGUACACUGUAAAAAAAAAAAACAAUAAAAAAAAUAAAAUGAACUGAAACUUUGGGCUUCCCUGGCCGUAGUUAGUUGUGUUUUGCACUAAACCCAGGCGCUGCGCUCCCUGCACGACUCAGCUUUGUGCUGCCAGUUGUUACCUUUGUAGAAUAUUUAAUGAAGUCAUUCAAAUAAAC